AUGGAUUCAUUACCUUCGUCGUACCGGCUGCUCGCAGCUCUGCCAGCGCGGUUAUGUUCACAACGACCUCUCCCCACACAACUACGAGCCGCACGACUCCCACCGCGAUGGCGAUUCACCGGUCAACUGCGAAGCAUCAGUCAAAGCGCUCCCAUGAUCGACCGCUCUAAAUCGAAGCUUUUCAAAGAUGCAGAUGAAGCGGUCGCAGACGUACAACCGGGGUCCACAGUCUUGAGUGCGGGCUUUGGAUUAUGCGGUGUUGCAGACACGCUCAUCGGAGCGAUGAAGAAGCGCGGCCCGCAGUCGCUACACUCCUUGACAGCCGUCUCCAACAAUGCUGGAAUUGAGGACGUAGGAGGCUUAGCGCUACUUACAAAAAGUGGACAAGUCAAGAAGCUCAUCAUCAGCUUUCUGGGAAAUAACAAGGCGUUGGAGAAGCAGUAUUUGGGCGGUGAUAUCGAGAUUGAGUUAUGUCCACAGGGUACGCUUGCGGAGAGGAUAAGAGCUGGCGGUGCGGGCAUCCCAGCAUUCUACACACCCACCGCUGUCAACACGCUGCUACAAGAUGGAGAGAUCCCCGCAAAGUUUGAUAAAGACGGAAAGGCCGUUGGCUUUGGUCAAAAGAGGGAGGUCAGAGAGUUCAAUGGCAAGAAGUUCCUCAUGGAGACUGCUUUGACCGGCGACGUUGCGAUAAUUCGAGCGCACAAGGCCGACGAGGCUGGCAACUGUGUCUUCAGAUACACCACCAAAGCCUUCGGCCCCAUCAUGGCCAAAGCGGCCCGCCUCACCAUCGUCGAAGCCGAAGAGAUCGUCCCAAUCGGUACCUUUGACGCGAACGACAUCGACCUCCCCGGCAUCUUCGUCGACCGCAUCGUUCCUUCCACAGCUCCCAAGAACGUCGAGAUCAAGAAGCUCCGGAAACCCGCUGCUUCAUCGGAUGCAUCAUCCAAGAACGAGGCGGCAGAGCGUCGCGACCGAAUCGCUCGCCGAGCAGCGAAGGAGCUGAAACAAGGAUACUACGUGAACUUGGGUGUCGGCAUCCCAACGGCAGCAGCGUCUUUCGUGCCCGACGGCGUGAAGGUGUGGCUACAAUCCGAGAACGGUAUCUUGGGCAUGGGCCCCUACCCGACCGAGGAGGAGCUCGACCCAGAUAUCAUCAAUGCCGGAAAGGAGACAGUCACACUCCUGCCUGGCGCCUCAACAUUCGACUCUGCAGAGUCAUUCGGCAUGAUCCGUGGAGGCCACGUCGAUGUCUCUAUCCUAGGCGCUCUCCAAGUCAGCGCCUCUGGCGACCUAGCAAACUACAUGGUACCCGGAAAGGUGUUCAAGGGCAUGGGUGGCGCCAUGGAUCUCGUCAGCAACCCAGAAGCCACCAAAGUAGUGGUCGCUACUGAGCACGUCGCAAAGGACGGAUCAAGCAAGAUUGUUCAGGAAUGCAAGCUGCCGUUGACGGGAGCCAAGUGCGUCAGCACCAUCAUUACAGAUAUGUGUGUAUUUGAAGUCAACCGGAAGCGUGGUACUUUGACGCUUACCGAGACCGCGCCUGGUGUGAGCGUCGAGGAUGUCAAGGCAAAGACAGAUGCUAGCUUUGAGGUUGCGCCUGAUCUUAAGACCAUGGAGUAG